AUGUUCACGAUGCUGGGCGAGCAGCUGUCAGCGAGAGCCAGUCCAGCGGAGGCACUUCAUGGCUGGAUGUUCAUUGGGCUCUGCUUCGACGUUCUCCUCCUGGGGGUGAUGACGACCCAAGUCUAUGGAUAUUAUGCUGCAUAUUCGAAGAAGGACAAGGUGUGGCUCCAGAUAUUCGUAUGGCACCCCGUUUUUAUUGCAUUCAGUCCCGCCGCAUCCUUUUUCACCUCUCUCAUCGUUUCGAACCAGGUUGCAGCUUUGUAUACAACUUUGACAUUGAGCGUCACCUUCCUCUUCAUAUACCUUUAUCGUGUUCUGAUCCCAUUCUUCGGCGAUGCGGAGAUGUUGACAAGUCCUUACUGGGUACUGGCGACUCAACCUGCCGUUACGGGCCUCGUCACUCUUUCCGUCCAACUUUUCUUUUCCUGGAGAGUGUACGCGUUGACGAAGUCAAAAUUAACGGGUGGCUUCGUCGCCGCCCUCGCACUCACGAGUGGAGGCAAGAAUUUCCGCCAUCCUGCAUCCCGUACGCCUAACUCAUACUCCGCGUAUCCUCCGCGCAGCAGUUCAAAAGAACCAUCACUCUCGGGCUGGCCGCUGCCGUUGCUUGCGACGUUGCGAUUACAAGCAUCUUGGUGUUUUAUCUGUGAGGAUCUAUACGCCUCCUUUCCGUUUACUGGCGACUUAUUUACCGUUAGGAAUCGACACAAGAGCGGAUUUCCGCGGUCAGAUCUCAUGGUAAAGCGGAUCAUCAGAGUGACGAUGCAAACAGGCCUUGUGACCAUGGUCGUAGCCGCAGGCGACAUGAUCCUCUUCCUUUCAGAUCCGUCGGGAAAGCACCUAAUGUUGGGUGGUGCACUUGGCGGUCUAUACGCUACAUCCCUUAUGACUUCGCUGAACUCACGCAAGGGCUGGAAGUUCGGCGAGUCAGAGAAUACCGACUCGGGCGUUCUGGGGAGUCUGAGCGUUAACCGGGACCCUCGGGUUACGAGUAUGAAACCGAAUACUUUCAUCGAUACUCGGACUCAUCCGGAGGUCUUCGUCCACGUUGAAUCUCACCAGCUCCAUGACGUUAGGUCACCUGGUUCCUCUAGUUCCAAGGACAAAGCUAGGAGUUUUGGGCCUGAGUCGGACGUUGAGUGA